AUGGAUCAAAAGGCGAAUCAACUGCUGCAAGAAAUCGACUUGGCUCGUUGUAGAGCACAAUGGUCUACCGCUAUGGAAUUGUCGAAAAAAUACAAAAAGAUCAAACCACAAGACUCAGUGCUCGAUAUCACCAUUUGCACAGAGGUAGAUCUCAUCAAGCUGCUGAAAUCCACUACAGACAUCGAGAAGAGAGGCUGGGACAUUAUCCAUCAGCACGAUUCCCCUCAGAACAUUGCCUUGUUGCCUGUCAUCGAGUCAAGCAAGGUCAAACAUCUGGUCGCUCGGCUUGAUUUCCUAAAUGUGGAUCAAAACGAUCAAGUGGAUCUCAAUAACACCGAUAACUGGCAAGCGCAGUUUUCCAAGAUUUUGUUGGCUAGAAUCUACUUUGAGUCUGGGCAAUACGAUUUAGCAUUGGCUGCAUUGCAGAAUUUGGCUUUACGUGUUGAGGAUGUUGAAACAGGCUAUGGCCUCGUCUUGCUGGUACAGGCAAGAGCCAUCAAGGGCAUCUGCUUGGAGAAGCAAAACAAACCAGAGGCUGCCAUCGAGGCAUACGAGGCUGCGUGGCAAGCAGUGGAGCUACAGCCCCAGGAAAGAGGGGUGAUGCUGUCUUUUUGGAUUGAAGAAUGUCUCUAUAGAGGAUGUCUCCUUCGACUGCAAUUAAAUCAUCCUGUCAAGGAAACACUGACAAUGAUGCGUGCUUAUGUUCAAUUGGUAUCAUCGCAUUGGAGUCCACAUUGGCGCAUGUUUAGACGAUGGGUUAUAUUCAAGUUUUACGCCGAAUAUCUUGUGAAAACUUGUCAAAACGGCACUUUCACUGUAUCAGAAAACAACAGGCAAGUUGUCUAUACAUGA